AUGGGCGGUGGAGAAAUUGUCCAGCAAAUUGACCAAACUAACCAAACUAACAAUAUUGAUGGCGUCCCUCCUGUAGAAACUUCACCGUCUACAACAACCUAUGAGAAUGUUCAACUCAGUACAGCAGCUAGUGAGAAUGUUCAACUCAAUACAGUAGUUGGUGAGAAUGUUGAAGCCACUUCACCGUCUACAGAAGUUGCUGAGAAUGUUCAACCCACUUCGCCGUCUACAGUAACUGAGGCAUCGCCGUCAGCAGUAACUAGUGAGAAUUUUCAACCCACUACACCGUCUACAGUAACUGGUGAGAAUGUUCCAGAAGUAAUAUCAGAGUCAAGUGAAGGUGAAGGCUUAAAACAAGAACCUAUUGAUACGAACGCGUCUAACGAAAGUACAAUUAAAGUUGAAGAAAGUUCCCAGACUGAACCCGUUGUUUCUUCAAAUGACUCUCGAACUCACCCACCUGAGGGUGGUUUUUCAGAGACGUCAUCCAUACCAAAGGAAUAUCAAGCUACUUUUGAACAAAAUGCAGAAUAUUGCGAGGCUAUUAGAAAAGAAGCAGCUGAAAAAUCACCACUCGUAUGCCUUCCAGAACCUAUUGAUAAGUUAUACGAAGAAUACAUGAAUGGUAGCGAAGUAUUUCGUCAAAAGAUAAUGAAAUUAACUGAAAAUCAUAGAAGAAUAAGACGUUGUCGUGGGGAUGGAAAUUCAUUUGGGUUCGCAUGGUUUGAACAACUUAUGGUUUGCAAAAAUAAAGUUCAAGAUCAAGCUGCAAUUAAUUCUUUGGCUUCUACAAAACCACUUCUUGAUUCGGUAGGAUAUCAAAAGUAUGUUUAUGAGGAUUUCUAUGAUGUCUUUGAGGGACAUUUAAAAUCAAUUGGGGAAGGAAGGCAUGAUGAUGAUACUCUAUUAUCAAUUUUUCAAACAGACGAAAUUUCCAAUCAAAUUGUCUUAUAUCUUCGAUUUAUUACUGCUGCAUACUUAAAAAAAUAUCGUGACGAAUAUGAACCUUUCUUAGAUUUUGAUUUUGGAAUGGAUGACUUUUGUAGUAAAUUUGUAGAAGUGAUGGAUCAGGAAGCUGAUCAUAUUCAUGUAAUUGCUUUAACUAAAGCUCUUAAAGUUCCAGUUGAAGUUGCUUACAUGAGUGGUUCUAGUUCAAUGGAUCAAGUGAACUUUCACGAAUUUUACCCAGAAGAAACAGAAAAAGGUGUAAAUUCACCAAAACCAUUAGUGUUGUUGUAUAGACCUGGACAUUACGAUAUUCUUUAUCGCAAUGAUUGA